CCCCUCCGGGGCUGGAGCCGGCGCCGCGUCCGGCCCGAGUGGACGGAGCCCUCGGUUGGCUGCCGCUAUCUGGGUCGCCCCCGACCGGCUACGGAGGGGCAGUGAGCCUCUCCGCCGGCGAGUCUCACGGGUUGCGGCGGGUCAGCGACAGGCGCGCGUUCGGCCGGCGCCUGGCCCGCUCUGCUUGGGAAGACUCGAACUGGCGCCCGGAAAUUUUACAAAGACGUGAUUCUCCAAGCUAAUUAUGAAAACAUUUGUCGUUGGAAUCAGUGGUGUGACAAAUGGCGGGAAGACAACGCUGGCUAAGAAUUUGCAGAAACACCUCCCAAGCUGCAGUGUCAUAUCUCAGGAUGAUUUCUUUAAGCCAGAGUCUGAGAUAGAGACAGACACCAAUGGGUUUCUGCAGUAUGACGUGCUUGAAGCGCUCAACAUGGAAAAAAUGAUGUCCACCAUUUCCUGCUGGAUGGAAAGCCCAAGAUGCUCACUGGUAUCAACAGACUCAGGGAGUGCCGAGGACAUUCCCAUAUUAAUCAUUGAAGGCUUCCUUCUCUUUAAUUAUAAGCCCCUUGACACACUAUGGAACAGAAGCUACUUUCUGACCAUUCCGUAUGAAGAAUGUAAGAGGAGGAGGAGCACCAGAGUGUACGAGCCUCCAGACACCCCAGGGUACUUCGAUGGCCACGUGUGGCCCAUGUAUCUGAGGCACAGACAAGAAGUGGAGAAGAGCUCGUGGGAGAUCGUGUACCUGGAUGGAACCAAAUCCGAAGAGGACCUCUUUAAAGAAGUGUAUGAAGAUCUAAUGCAAGAACUAGCAAAGCAAAAGUGUUUGCACAUGACAACAUGAAGAUGAAGUGCCCUGAAUCCUUCCUGGGAUGAGUUCGGAAACUCGAAGGACUGUAUGUAAGAACGUGAACCCAGAUGCAAUGCGUACUUUGGCCUGAUGAGACCUGUAGUCAUUUGUUUGUGUUACCACCCACGGUUUCCCCACGUGGGGAACGGCAAGUAGUGAUCCAGGCGAGGGGACAGGAAUUUUCCUUGACGAGUUGUUCUCACCCCAGGGAAUACAGAGAUGCCGCACAGCUCACAAACGGGUCAGUUCCUCGAGCCCAGCGAUGGUCAAACCUUUCUGAACGGGACCAAGUACAAAAUAAGAUUUACGUCACAGUCCAGUAUAGAUGUAACUGUGGGUGUGUGUGUGUGUGUGUGUGUGUGUGUGUGUGUGUGUGUACAUAUACACACAUACAAGCAUCACAAAGGAUUAACCUUAGCCUGCUGAUAUUUUUCUUUUUAAUUUUUUUAUAAUCUUGAUUACCACCCAAUGCCAGUCAAUGCCUAUUUCCUGCAAAUAAAGGCUUUACCCAGAGUAACAAUGAAUGAAUCAACAAUUUA